CGGUAUAGUUAAAAGUCAUAGUGUUAUCACCCGCUAGAAAAAAUAAAACAGAGGAAUUGAUUAAAGGAUUUAAUAAAACACCAUAAUAUAGAGAAACAUUAGAGAAACGUGUGUCGUUAGUUUUAUGCUACUGGGCAUGGUGUUUAAGAUAUGUUAAACGCCAGUGUAUGAUUAUAAUAGCAAAGUGUCUUUAUGUAUACUUGGAUUUAGAAUGAAGCAUCUAAGGAAAAUCAUGCUGACUAUCAUUUUCCUAGCAGUAAUAACAGUGUUCAGCCUCAUCAUGUUUGAAACGGCACAAAACGAGCCUCCCAAACCGGCAUACAAGAGUUCAAGGCACUACGGUGACAUCCAUCCACAUUUCGUUGCAAUUUCCGAUAGCCGUGUUACGAUAGAACAGCAUUUGGAUGAACACAGAUCGAAGGGGAUUCUAGAGGCUCAUUUUUCAAUGCCCCAAUCUGGCAUAUUCAAAGACGUUACUUCAAGUCGAGAUGAUUAUUUUAUCCACAUUGCCACAGAGCACAAUAUCAAAACGCUGCUCUUUCAAACAACUGAUUCUGACAAAGAUGGACAUGGUGUAUUUCGAUGGAUAGGAAGCAAAUCUUUGUGUACAGCACUUGCCGAUUACAAAGGCAAUAUACCUUAUUCCAACUCCUGUACUUCAAAUAUGGAGGAGACCUUUUCUGCACAGAGACCUGAACCCAAACUGCGAUUCAAAUUACCACUAAAUUUUAAACUUACAAAGGAAGUAUUCCAAUUGGGGACAGUAUCUAGUUUCAUUCAUUUAAUACAAAAUGGAAUCAUCUCGAAUGAUGGUGUAGUUUUUGUCGGCGACCUGCAAGUUAUACCAUAUAGUUGUCUCGCCAGACCCGAGGCGAUUCAAGCUUCCAAAAAACAUUUUAUCAGGGCUAUCAAAGAUAAACUGGAUAAAUUGCCCCGUUACGGAGAAGUAUUUGUAAUAACACAAUUUUGGUCAGCAGCAUUUUACCACGGAAUGGUGGAAUCUCUACCAAGAUUAUCACGGUAUAUUGGAUUUAUAGACCAUCGCUCUGAAAUCAAAAUAUAUGUCGCUUGCACUGCGUUCAUGAAUUCUUCACUCCAGACUUUAUUUCCCUCUAGAAAUAUAUCUGAACUGGUAAUAUGUGAUAACAUUGGACCAAUACUCGCAGCUAGAGUGUAUUUCCCGGAAGGUACGCCCUGUGGUAUGUAUAAGUCCCCUCAAUCGGGAGUAUAUCAGAUGUCGAGGGAGUUCGAGAAAUAUAUAAGUCCAAGUAUACAUAUACCACCCAAAAACUAUAUCAUCUUAAUAAAAAGGACCAAACAUAGAAUUUUAGUUCAGCAUGAUGUAAUAGCUUCAUUUCUGAAUAAUAUUGCGAAACAGAACGAUAUGGAACUUUUUAUUUACGCAGACGACAACCUUCCGUCAUUCUCUGACACGAGAAAACUUUUCCAUCAAGCCAGACUCGUUGUUGCACCACAUGGAGCUGGACUAGCGAACACUUUGUUUUCUACUCCGGGUUUGUUUGUGAUCGAGAUAGUGUGUAACCAUCCUCAUCUGAAUUUAUGCUACAGACAGUUAGCAAUCUCUCUCGGGCAUCAUUAUCAUGGUGUAUCUUCAAAGUUCGGUUGUGAAGCUACACUCAACGUCGAUGUAAACGAAGUUAAAGAUGCCGUUCAGUUUUAUAUGAAACAUAUUGUUAAAAAGAAAAAUCUGUGAUUUUGGAGAUAAGAUUAUUUCGCAGCGUAGAUAAUACAAAAUUAUGUUAAGUAUAAUGUACAGACUGUACUGCAAUAUUAACUCUGAAGUCGUUAAAGUUUUAUGUAGAGAGAGCAUUGAAUGACAUUCAUAGCUGAACAAGUUUGUUUAUUGCAUGAAUCGCCUAACGAAUUAAAGGCCUACAGUUAAGUUUGAAAAUAUGUUUGUAUCAUUCAUUUACUGUUUUUCAUGACUUUAAAGUUAUUUUGACUUUUUAACAAUAAUGCGAACAUUGAACACAGGACCUACUAUUUCAAUAAUAAAAUGUCAUAUCUAACGUGCCACUUAAAUACUUUAGCAUAUCAAAAAAUCAUAAUCCUACCUUGUCAUGUCUAUUUUCUAAAACACUUUAAAG